UUUGGGUAACCUAGGUCUGUUGUCUAUAUACCCAAAUCGUCCUGCAAUCAAAAACCUUCCAACGGAGAACCUCAACGGCGAGCGAGCUCGGGAAAUUUAUACUCUCCGGCGAUUUCAAUUCGUUUAAGCAGGCUUCUGUAUUAUAAAGGGUUUAGUUUCCAAUCUUGCAAUGGUAUCCAGAAGUGAAGUUCUCAGCCUCUGUCGUGCCAUGCUUCGAGCGGGGCGUCAGUACCCUCAUUACAACUUAAGGGAGUACACUAAGCGAAGGACCUUGGAUGGCUUCCGCAUGAACAACACUGACCAAUCGAAGGUGAAUGAGGCUUAUGCUGAAGCUAAGGCACAACUUGUGGUUUUAGAGAGGUCUGUUAAGUUUCACUCCUUAUAUCCUCCCAAGACCAAGAACAUCAUGGAAGUCAAGCUUCAGUAGAUGUACAUUAUACAAGUGAAGAAGUGAACAUUGUUGAAGAUAUGUCUUGGAUUGGAACUGAGAACGAUGAUGAGUUCCUGGCUUUUUUUGCUCUUCUUAAUAAUCUCAUCUCACACGAUUGUGCAGUUGUUGCAUAACAAAUGUUCCAACUUGUCUGGAGUUUCUGUAUUCUUAUAUAUGUCAUAUUUUAGCACUGAUACUGGUAGGGUAUAAAUCUGUGAUUCAAACACAUUAUAUUUUAUUUUCUUGAGAAAUCUUUAUGAUACAGUCAGAUAAAAGGAUAGCAAAAUUGCUUCUGUUUGAACAAUAAGUUUUUUGUUUUGUUUUCUGCAAUAAGAUCAAUUACAAACACAGGCAGUAAUGUAUAUAACAUGAUAAGAACCUUUUCAGGUUAAAAGAACAAAGUCACAGAUCAAACAAGAGAGGAAUGAGUUCUACCAAAAAAAAAAAAA